UAUCAGAAUUACAAUCCACUCAAAAGACUGGCGAGAAAACUCUUAAAGAAAAAAUUAAUUCUCUCAAUCAACAAGUAAAAAACCUUACCGAUGCCUCUCAUGAUGAGAAAAAUAACUUAAGCAGUAAAAUCACCGAUUUAGAACUAAAAUUAACCGCAGCGGCAAUGGCCGAAAUGGACUAUAAAAAAAUCAUUACUGGAUUAGAAACAGAGUUAAAAAAUACUACUGAUAAGCUAGCCAUUGCGGUUAAUUCCUUGUCAGAAGCAGAGCAAAAAUUAGUUAACCAUUCAGCACCCACUAAUUUUAGUUCUAAUCAAACCACUUCAACUUCCACUACUCAACCUUUUACCCCGAGCCAAUCCACGGAAAAUCAGCCAAUUAGUCCUUCCCCAGCGGACCAAAAAAGUGGUUCGGAUAAGUUUAGCAAUUCAAGCAUAAUUAACCAAAAAGAGCCACCCAAAAAAAUAAUUAUUCCGCCUAUUCCCAAUUUUCAACUUCCAUUACCAACUGAACCACCCCAGCCAGGUCAAAAUAAUUUCUUAACCGAAUCCUUAAUGGGAGGCGGAACUGAAAGUUGCUGUGCGAACGGUGAUUAUGCCGCAGUUCAGCAGGAAAGGGAUAGUUAUAAAAUUCAGUUAGCCAAUCAUACUUGUCCGGAUAAUGCUUGCUCUCAUACUGACUACCAAGAAAUUAAAGAACAAAAAGAAAACUAUCAAAAACAAACUGAGAACCGAGAAAAAGAAAUUAUUCGUCAGUUCAUUACUGGUUUGCAACUCACUGAUUUAGACGAAAAUGUCCCGGUCGAAAAAGUGAUUGAAAAGGUUCGCCAAUUAUUAGCAAAACCUGAUAAUGAUGAUACUAAUGCUCCGUUGGGAGAAAGUUUAGACAGUAUCAAGUCCAAAGAUUUAAAAAUGUUUCAAGACUUGGGUCUCGCGGUGCCGGCUGCUUUAAAACAACAAACCGAACAAGCCAGCGAUUACCAUAAGAUAGUGGAUUUACGGCAGCAGAUAUUACAAGAAUAUUUAGUUCAAAAAGACCACCAACUCCAAACCGUUAACCAAGCAAAAACUAGUUUAAUUAAUUGA